GGUAGCAGCAGCUGCCUCUGACCCGGGUGGGCGCCGCCGUCACUGGGACUUCGGAGCGUCCGGCCGGGAGAUCCUGCUCUGCCCUCUGCUGCUCCUUUCGAGGGACCUUGACCGGGCGGCGCGAGCUGUUUCUCCGUCUUCGCCCGGCUCCAGACCAAGUGUGCCUGCACUGUCCCCUUCGGUUUGUGGACAGGAUAAAUGGCUUCUGGGGAAUCCAGCCCACUCUUGGACACUGCAGCAGAAGGAGAAUUGCCUGCCCCUGAGAGACCGUCUCAACUGGACGUCUAUCUAAGCAAAGUCCAAAACCGGAAUGUCUACCUGGCAGCCUUUGCGGUUGUGCUGGGACCACUCAGUUGUGGCUUCGUCCUUGGUUACAGCUCUCCAGCCAUCCCGAGCCUGAAGAAGAGCGGGAACCCAGCACUGAGGCUGGAAGACAGCCAAGCAUCUUGGUUUGGGUCCAUCGUCACUUUGGGCGCUGCGGCUGGGGGGAUUCUGGGGGGAUACAUGGUGGAUAAAAUUGGCCGGAAGCUCAGCCUGCUACUCUGUGCGGUCCCGUACGUGUUUGGCUUUCUGACCAUCAUUUCCGCUCAGAACAUUGGGAUGCUUUAUGCGGGUCGGCUGCUCUGCGGCUUAGCCAGCGGCGUCACGUCCUUGGUGGUUCCGGUAUACAUUUCUGAAAUAGCCCACUCCAAGGUCCGAGGAAUGCUUGGAUCGUGCGUUCAGCUGAUGGUGGUGACGGGCAUCUUGGGAGCUUAUGUGGCAGGAACGGGGCUGGGCUGGCGCUGGCUGGCCGUGCUGGGCUCCGUCCUGCCCUGCUGCAUGCUGGGGCUGGUGGUGUUCAUGCCCGAGACGCCCCGCUUCCUGCUGAGCCGGCGCCGGCGCCCGGAGGCCAUCGCUGCGCUGCAGUUUCUGCGGGGGCCCCUGGUGGACCACGAGUGGGAGUGCCGGGAGAUCGAAGCCAACGCCGGCGAGCAGCAGGAGCUGAGCAUUGCCGAGUUCAAGAACCCCGCCAUCUACAAGCCAUUCAUCAUCGGCGUCGCCAUGAUGGUCUUCCAGCAAGUGUCCGGGAUCAAUGCCAUCAUGUUUUAUGCGGAAUCCAUAUUUGAGGCAGCCAACUUCAAGAACAGUAGUGCAGCUUCUGUCAUCGUGGGCUCCAUCCAAGUCUUUUUCACCGCACUGGCUGCUCUUAUCAUUGACAGAACGGGACGAAAAGUCCUCCUGGUCAUAUCAGGAUUCAUUAUGGCUGCCAGCGCUGCCGUGUUCGGGCUCUACUUCAGAAUGAUGCUCCCGAGCCCGAGCAACGCCUCCCAUGUCAAGCCGCUGAGCUCCCCUCUGGACCCGACUCCCGUCCCGGACGAGCACAGCCUCGCCUGGCUGGCGGUGCUGAGCAUGGGCCUCUUCAUCAUGGGCUUUGCCUUGGGGUGGGGCCCAAUCCCGUGGCUGGUGAUGUCUGAAAUCUUCCCUCUCCGAGCCCGAGGGGUUGCCAGCGGGGCCUCUGUUCUAACCAACUGGCUCAUGGCCUUUCUGAUCACCAAAGGGUUCCACGACCUCAUGGUACUUCUAACACCGUACGGUACUUUCUGGCUGUUCUCUGGCACCUGCCUCCUCAGCAUAAUAUUUACCAUUUUCUGCAUUCCUGAAACGAAAGGGAAGAGCUUAGAAGAGAUAGAGGCUUACUUCCGGAGAUCACACUAGCUGCCGGGACCUACCGGGGACAAUCUGCCCCUCUGGCAGCUCACCAAGGUGUUGGUGGUGGUACUGGCUGGUGCGGGGGGGAAACGGGACUCUUGCAUUUUUCAAGGAGAUGCCCAGGCACACUGAUUGGUGGCGCGGCCCAGCCAGGGCCAGCUCAGCUUCUCUCGAACCAGUACGGGAACGGGCAACCGUCUGGGCCAGGGUGCUUUGCAUGGCAAGCCCAUCACAGUUUUACCGUGCAGAAAGCCGUGGCGAGUUCUGCGAGACUGGCAUCGGCCACACGGUGCUUUCCGGUUGAAGGGUGCCGGUUGAGCGCUGCCUUAAAAUGGAAGAGCUUUCCAGAGUUACAGUGCCCGCCGCUGUGAAACGGCCUGCAGACAGACCGGCUCCCUCAGGGAAUAGAUCGAGCUCUUUCACUGUGUUUUCCGUUUUCAAACGAUUAUGCUAAACGGUAAGGAGCUUGGCCACUCUGCCCCAUCCUGCCUGGGAAUGCUUUCUAGUCCAGCGUAGCAGGAGAGCUUCUCUAGGCCUUUUACACAUCGAGAUAGGAGGCCGGCCGGCUUUACUCAUUCACGCACUCAGAAGUCGACCUGCUCCAGUCGUCCAGACUUUGGGCAGAGGUGAACGACAAAGAAAGCCUACUUAAAAUUCAAUAGAAUGAACUAUAACCACUAGCCUCCCUCUCCGCUUUCUUAGGCAUGUCCAUGGGGCCGCAAAUGUCCACAUUAAAUUGUCCCUUUCCUCUGGACCCUGUUAAAAGGUCUGUCAACAGGGCAUGUCCUUCUGCCGGGAGCCUGUGGCAGUCCCGAUCUCGCUGGACUACAAAUCCAGUCCCUGCUGGCCAUGCUGUCUGGGGCUGAUGGGUGCCCGAGCAACUGAAACUGGUAAUGUUUGCACUGCACGGUUACUCCUUCCAUCCUUCAAGUUAGGCUAAUGUGCGGCAUGACUGUCCCCGCGUCAGUGCCUUCCCUGUAUCCUCCAUUUGCAUUCGGGCUGCUUUUCCAUGCCACCUUGCCGCACCGCGCUGCUGCGCUACUGCUAUUGAACGGGGGACACGUGCGCCGGCUUUUAGGGUCCCACGGGGUUGUGGCUAGGCAGGAAAGGAGUCUUGUUUAAUGGGAACACCCGUCCUGCUUCAGUGACAGCAGGGGCAGAACCAGGAAGACGACGUAAAAUGUGUCUUGUUCUACACGCCUAACAGUGAUCUAGCUGAGGAUAAAAAUUGCCCAGUGCCACCCAUCUGCACUGCCCCUUACCAAGUCUGUGCCGUUCUGUCUCUAUCUAACUCCUUCUCUUUGAUGCUCUUCCUCGUAUGCCAAAUAAAACUGGUACUCUAAGCGAAUCCUCCAUGACUCUCUCUGCCCCUUGAUGCUACUGUUCUUUCCUUCGAUGUAUCUUUCUUUCUUGGUGUAAAUGUUCUCCCUUUGUGUGUAGCAGCCUUAACGUUUUUAAAUCCCGGAAGCUCUGGAAUGAGAUCAAGAAUGCAAUUUAUGUCCAAAAGGUUGGAUGUCUUUUGCAGGCACCACCUAUGAGGUAAAACCAUCAAGGCUUAAAAACAACCUCUUCUGGUUUUGCUUGCUUCCUCAAGCAUCUCAGUCUGUUUCUGGGCUAGAAGUCCACUAGCCUUGGAUGGCUCUCGGCAAUGAUGUUAAACAAAUAGCGUGUGUAUUUUAUCAAACUUGAAAAGGGGUGAUACGGCUGAAAAGACAUUGUACUGUGUGCUGAAGGCCUGGAAGUCUACAAGAUGAGCGGGGCACUAGAACUGUGGGAGAGAGAAAAAGGAGAAAACGUUGAAAGAAACUUUUCCCCCCAGAGAAAUUCGGGGGGGGGGGGGAAUCCCCUGCAUUCUUCUGUUUUGUGGUUGUUCUUAUCUCUGAGAAGGACUUCCAUUCAGCUGAACAGCCAUCAAUGGGCUUGUGAUUUUUUUAAAAAUGAGUGAUAUACUUGAAACUUUUGUGUGGGUACAGACUGUGUAUAGUUCCUUUAUGUUUAAAUUAUGUUUAAAUUGAGCACAGAUAUACUGAAGGGAUCUCACUGCACAUAUGUUCUUGCACUGCCAAUUUGGACUCGUUCGCGUAUAUCAUCAGGAGUCAUAUUUUUGGUAUUUCUAGUUUUGAAGGUGCCUUGUCUAUAUUGGGCUGACUUCAAAGCUACUGACAGCACACCUAAGCGGUGGAUAAAGGACCUCAUCUAGCCAUUCCCAUGGAGAUACUCCAUGAUUCGUGAUGCUGCUAAACUCAUUUCUGAGGUUUCAUUUUGCAUGAUUCUGUACCCCAAGGUGACUCCAAUGAAGAAGGAAGGAAAAAAAAGGUAAAAACGGCAUGUGAUAAGAUAGAACACACUUAAUUCUGUUACUGCUGCUCAAAAGGCUUUCUGUUCAAAAGUUUAUGCUAUUUUCUGUGCAAUAAAGAACCAAUGAGAGGGAUGUCUGUCCAGAUGGUGCUAGAUGGAAUAAACCGUUUGCAAUUUCAUGCUUUAA